CAUCCACGAUCCAUACUAUGUCUGCAUUUUCUGGGGCCGAGGUCCGGUAACUGGCUGCUAACAACUCCCGUCUCUACCUUACCGAACCCAACGACGACAACCGAAUUCGACCACCUCCCCUCUCCAUCCUCGAACUUGACCCAUCCGUCAACGCACACGUGUACAACGCUCCAACGGUCGUUCCCAUCCAAGACCCAGGGCUCCUUUGCCCUCACACAUGCUCGCAUCACCUGGCCACAUCUCGAUCCGCCGCCUUCUAUAAUACACACAGCUUCCCCCAUGAACCGUUAGCCAAUUUUGACCUUGUCCGCCGCCGUCAACGCCAUGUUCUCGUCCGCCCGGCGCUGGUUGCGCCAUAACCGGACGCCCAUCGCCGUCGGCGUCGGCGUCAUUGGUGCUGGCUACGUCGCCACUCAAUAUGUCAUCACCAAGAUCAAUGAUGCGCGCGAGCGCAUGAGCAGUGACCGCAUCGCCAAGGAGAACCUGCGACGCCGCUUCGAACAGAAUCAGGAGGACUGUACCUUCACCGUCCUGGCUCUGCUCCCGUCAGCCACGACAGCCAUCCUCGAGGCCAUGAACACGGAACAAAUCACAUAUGAGAUUCAGCAGAUGAAAGCCGCCAAGGCUGUCAAGAACGGUGGCGCCGAAAACACCACGCCCCCAAGUAUCGCCGAUACUACUUUGACCGAGGAUGACAGCAAGAGCAUGAUUAGCGCCAGUAUGCAGAGCGAGAGCGGAGUUCACGCAAGUCAGAUCACGACCCCGUCACCCUUCAAUGCCGGAGGGGACAAUGGCCAACAGGACGGAGGAGCUACCAAACCUCGAAAGACCAAGCGACAGCUGUGGGAUGACGUGACUAUCAGCGCAUUGACCAGAGCCUUCACCUUGAUCUACAGCCUCGCGCUGUUGACGUUGCUGACGCGGGUCCAACUCAACCUGCUCGGCCGAAGGAGCUACCUCUCCAGCGUAGUGGCCCUCGCGACGGGUGCCCAGCAGGCGACCAUCAGCCUCGAGAACAACGACGACGACAACACGGAGCAGUCAUACGGAAGCGACUUUGGCACGAACCGCAAAUAUCUGACCUUCAGCUGGUGGCUGCUGAACAGGGGCUGGGCGGACCUUAGCGGCCGGGUAGAGAGCGCCGUGCGGACCGUCUUUGGUAGCCUGAGCCCCCGUGACCUGCUCAGCUUCGAGCGUUUCUCAGACCUGACGAUGGAGGUUAGAAAGCUGGUCGAGGGAGCGACUAUUGAGGAGCGCCGAAAGGCCGAUUGGCUCAAGUUCCUCCUCCCACCUAAGGAUCAGGAGGACGAGGUGAUUCGCGAGUCUGGCAUCCUCGAAGAUGCUCCGGCCGAAGGAUCCCAUCCCUCAUCCCCGGCCAUCCUGAGGCGUCUUCUCGAUGAGACUGCCGACCUCAUUGAGUCUCCUUCCUUUUCUCAUGUUCUCACCCUGCUCCUGGACUCUGGCUUCUCCUACCUCGUCGACAACAAGCUGUCUACCGAGGCCUUUCAGCUUCCAGCCACGGACGGCAUCGUCACCCCGGAGCUCAAGGACCAGCAGCGCUCCAAGGUCAUUUUGCUGCCCAAGAUCCUGUCGGUGCUGACGCGCCAGGCACACGUCAUCGGCAACGGCAUGCCCAAUGAGUACCUGCAGCGGAUGGAGCUGGUACGUGACCUGGAGGCCUUUGCCGCCGUCGUCUACUCCAGUAACUGGGAGACGGAAAUCCGCGAUGACGGUCUGAUGGAGAGCGCCGUGGACGUGAGUGCACCAGCCUCGCAGACCAACAAGGGGACGCAAAGCCAGGACGAAUUCAGCAUCGUCAUGGUGGAUAAUCAGGGGGGGUUCGAGAGUGCGUGGAACCGGGCCGUCGACCAGUAAAGAAACGGCGGUCAAUGUAUGUAUAUUCAAACACUGGGCGAAACGAUCAGGCAGGGAUGGAUGGAACAUAAAGGGCGGAUACAUUGGAUCAAUCACACAUACACAAACUUCGGGGUAGAGCAGAGUAUAGCUUUUAGG